CGGGCUAAUUAUGGGUUUACUGUCGGAAAAGGCUCUCUUCUUCUGGGAUUGGAGAUGGUUGACCACAGCCUUAGUGUUCCUGCUGUCCUACGUCGUGCUGCGAUUCUAUCGCAAGGUGUCCAAAUACCCGAAAGGCCCUUUACCGUUUCCCGUUGUUGGAAAUCUCCUGGCCCUGCGGAAUACCAACCAGCUCUACAAGAUGGCCGAAAAUUGGGCUCGGCAAUAUGGGGACCCGAUCACGUUUUGGAUGGGAGAGAAGCCAAUGGUGGUGCUCAACACGCAGAAAGUGGUCAAGGAAGCGUUCGUUGAAAAGAGGCACGAAUUCGCUGGACGUUUUUCCACAAAAAUGGCUGAACUCCAGAGGCAAAAAAACAACAGCAUCCUAAUGGAGGACUACAACCCAACAUGGAAGGCCCUCAGAAAGGUGGCGCUGACUGCAGUGAGGAAGUACGCCGUGAGCGACUCUUUGGAGAAUUUGUCCUGCGAGGUCGUGGACGCUUACGUGGAUUCGCUCAAGGAAGGCUCUAAUAUCCUGGACUCAAAGGCUCCGUUCCUGUACAUGCUCUUCAACAUCAUUGGCAUGUCUGUCUACGGAACAAAGUUUGACAAAGAAAGUCCGGAAUUGGCUAAGCUGAAAGCAUUUAAUCAGGAAUUCUUGGAGAACGCUCCUAAUGGACUCCCGAGUGACAUCGUUCCCUGGUUGGGUGUGCUUUACCGUGGGCGUGAGAAAAAGAUGGAGAUUCUCUUCAGAGAAUUUUGCGAGUUGCUCGAUGUCCUGUACAAGCGAGCUGCGAAAACAUACGUCCCCGGCAAACUCGACAACUUCACUCACUCCAUGAUAGCUGCAAGAGACGAAGCCAUUGAACAAGAAAAAAACGACGCUCAGCACUUGACCCAAGCCAACAUGGUUCAGAUCAUCAUGGACAUUUUCGGAGCCGCUACGGACACUUCAUUGGGGGUGCUACAGUGGCUUUGCCUGACGAUGACAAGGAAGCCGGAGAUACAAGAGAAGAUUAAGAAGGAAAUUGAAGCCAACCUUGGUCAAGAUCGGCCCAGCCUACGAGACAAAGAGAAGCUACCUUACACGCACGCCUGCAUUUUGGAGGCUCUGCGCAGGUACCCUAUAGCUCCUCUCGGACUUCCACAUAACACGACAUGUGACACAUCAGCUGGUGGUAUUUUCAUACCAAAAAACACUGGAAUUCUUUACAACAUCUACGCCAUAAACCACGACACCCAGAUCUGGGCAGACCCCGAGUUCUUCAGGCCGGAACGAUUCCUGGACCCUGUCACGGGUAGAGUGAACCAGGAACUGCUGCCACAGAUGAUCACUUUCGGUCUGGGUCCCAGGACGUGCCCGGGAGAGAAGUUGGCGCACGCGGACAUGUUCUACGUCCUUGUACGCUUCAUGCAGCGAGUCAGCUGCAGUGCCCUGCCGGGAAAAGAAAAGACCGCCAUAGAGGCUCUAGAUUCCAACUUGUUUCUGAUGCCAGCGAAACAAGACAUAGUGUUGACCCGGCUUUACUAACCUCA